CGGCCCUAGUAUGCAUAUAUAUACAUAUCUGCAAGAGCUAUUCAUAACGAUGAAUCAUUUCCACUUGAUGUAGGCCAGCUGGACGGGUGACCACUAUAUCCCUUAUCCAUAUUGCGGACGUUUUCACACGGGAUCACACCUAAACACUCUUGAAGCUUGAACGUUGAUCAGUGACAGUGAUCGAGUCGUUGUAAUCAGCUGGGUCAUCAAUCAUUUACCAUGGAUCUUGGAUUAAAGGGAGUGCAUGUCCUCGUCACAGGGGCAAGUGGCGGCAUCGGGCUCGAGACUGUGAAAUUGUUUUGUACACUUGGUGCAAAUGUGACCGCACAUUACAACUCGCAGUUUGGUCCGAUCCAGGAACUUUUGGCGUCGAACACCAAUCUUCAACACGUCCAGGCGAAUCUAUCUCAAGAGCAGGCUGUGGUGACCAUGUUCGAAUCGCUUUCUACUAUGCCUUAUGGCCCAGUACAAGUAGUCGUCAUCAAUCACGCUAUAUCUCACAGUUUAGCUGUGCCCAUUGCUAGGAUGACGCUGGAUCAAUGGAACACCACAAUAACUGUGAACUUGACGUCUUCAUUCCUUGUGUGUAGAGAGUAUUUGAAACAUCUGGAAAAGGCUUCCUCGGGUAUCAAGGAAAAGGCAACAAUUCUUCUUAUCGGAAGUACUGCUGGGAAGUAUGGUGAAGCUAACAAUGGGGACUACGCUGCGGCUAAGAGUGCGAUGAUGUAUGGUCUGAACCUGACGCUGAAGAAUGAAAUCGUGAAGAUAGCCCCGAAAGCCAGAGUUAACUGCAUUGCACCUGGCUGGGUCGAGACACCCAUGGUUGAAGAAAUCUUGAAGGAUCCUCAAACCGUGUCCCGCAUAUUGGCUACUAUUCCACUUAAGAAAGUGGCGAUGCCGAUGGACAUCGCGACACAGAUUGUGGUUCUUGCAUCGUCUACUCUUUCUGGUCACGUCACUGGCCAAGUGGUGAUGGUUGAGGGUGGAAUGGAAGGGAGACUGCUAAAUAGACCUGAAGAUUUGCAGGGAUGCUGAGAAUUAAGGAAGAAAUAUUUGAAUGCCUUUUCUAAUCUGUAACAUGUACCAUAUCAAGUGCUUCUUGCGUGGUG